AUGUCAGCUAAUGAUGAACAAUCUGAUAAAGUUAUCACAAAUGAUAACACUGAUAGUGAUAAUAAUGAUAAAGCUACUACCACCAGUGCUACUGCUACUGCAAUUGAUCAGUCUAUUGAUAUGCAACUUGGAACGUACAUAGUGGUUGGUAUAAUUUUCCGUGAACGUGAUGACGGCAAUUUAGAAUUGUUACUUACGCAAGAAGCAAAACGUCGAUGUUUGGAAAAAUGGUAUAUUCCAGCUGGACGUGUUGAACCAGGUGAAACAAUAUUGGAUGGUGUUAUUCGAGAGGUUCUCGAAGAAACAGGCUAUAAAUGUGAGCCAGAAGAAUUAUUAGGUAUUGAAGUACAAGGCUCUGGAUGGUAUCGAUUUUCAUUUUAUUGUAAUAUCAUCGGCGGUGAACGUAAAGUAAUCGCUGAUAAUGAAUCAUUGGGUGCUAAUUGGUUUUCAAUAGAUGAAAUUAUAGCAAAAAAGAUUGAUUUACGGGCAUCAGAUUUUUUAAAAAUUAUUGAAAAAGCUAUGGAAUAUCGACAAAAACGCAAACAAUUUGCUAAUAAUUUAUCACGAUUUUUACCAAUUCCAAUUUCAGUCGAUGGAUUAUUCAUUGAAUUUGCAAUUCUUCGAACAAUUAAGUAA